AUGUCCCAGCUCGAAAGCAUCACACUUGAGCAACUGGCCACUCAUAAUACUCCGGAGUCGCUGUGGAUAGCGGUUCAUGGUCAUGUGUACGAUCUCACGACCUUCAGCUCGGACCAUCCCGGUGGCAUCGAGGCACUGGAGAGCUGUGCCGGGGCCGAUGGCACAGAGUCGUACGAAUAUGCCGGCCAUAGCGAGUCGAAUAUGGCAAAACUGCAGCAAUACCGCGUCGGCAGGGUUGCCGGAAGUCUUCCACAGAUUUCUUCCAUUUAUUACCCCCCUCACGUGGAGAAUAAGCGCAUAACGAGCGCCACAUCCCGCCUCAAGCAGUUGAAAUUCCCUCGGACGAAGUGGGCAGUCACUGUAUCCGCGACUGCAGUCGUUGUGGCUCUGUCUUGCCAGCGAAGGGACUUGGUUGAUUACAUUUCGCCACUGAAUAUCUCCCAACUCCAAUUCAGAACAAUGUCGGACCAGAUCAAUGGUCAUGCUUUCUGGACGGGCAUGGCAGUUGCUUCGUCGGUAAGCUACGUGGGCUUCCGCUACUUGUAUAAGCUGUUUUUGUCGACUCUUGACUAUCAAAACGAAGUGUUCAGCUUUCCAGCUACGAUACCGAGGAAGACGAAAAGAUAA